AUGCGCACGAAAUUGACUUGCAAGAAAUCCCGUUCUUCCCCCCUCCCUCCCUCUCCUACCCCCAAGCUCCUCUUCGACCUCUUCUUCGGAUCCUCCCCGACCCCCUGCAUCGUCUCCGAUACCUCCAACCUCCUCCUCGACUUCACCGCCCUCCCCGACCCCUCCAGCGGGGGCGAGUGGGUGGACGACUUCGAGGGCCUGGGCUUCAUGCGUGCGCUGUCCUCGUGUACGGCAACGGGGCACUACAUCGAGGCGAGGACGGACGACGAAGACGAGCAGGGCGCGGGAGCGAUGGAUCGAGCUGAUCACAAGGCGAGGAGCCGACGAGGCGGGCAGGCAUGA